AUGUUGACUCCGGCUCGUGGGUGUAGAAGAGAUGGCCGCUGCGACACAGCACCUCCCGAGACAGUGGAGGGCGGGAGUGUCGCCUGGCCGUGCUCUGGCAACUGGAGAGCAGGCAUCGCGGCGGAGGGCGGGAGUGUCGCCUGGCCGUGCUCUGGCAACUGGAGAGCAGGCAUCGCGGCGGAGGGCGGGAGUGUCGCCUGGCCGUGCUCUGGCAACUGGAGAGCAGGCAUCGCGGCGGAGGGCGGGAGUGUCGCCUGGCCGUGCUCUGGCAACUGGAGAGCAGGCAUCGCGGCGGAGGGCGGGAGUGUCGCCUGGCCGUGCUCUGGCAACUGGAGAGCAGGCAUCGCGGCGGAGGGCGGGAGUGUCGCCUGGCCGUGCUCUGGCAACUGGAGAGCAGGCAUCGCGGCGGAGGGCGGGAGUGUCGCCUGGCCGUGCUCUGGCAACUGGAGAGCAGGCAUCGCGGCGGAGGGCGGGAGUGUCGCCUGGCCGUGCUCUGGCAACUGGAGAGCAGGCAUCGCGGCGGAGGGCGGGAGUGUCGCCUGGCCGUGCUCUGGCAACUGGAGAGCAGGCAUCGCGGCAGAGGGCGGGAGUGUCGCCUGGCCGUGCUCUGGCAACUGGAGAGCAGGCAUCGCGGCGGAGGGCGGGAGUGUCGCCUGGCCGUGCUCUGGCAACUGGAGAGCAGGCAUCGCGGCGGAGGGCGGGAGUGUCGCCUGGCCGUGCUCUGGCAACUGGAGAGCAGGCAUCGCGGCGGAGGGCGGGAGUGUCGCCUGGCCGUGCUCUGGCAACUGGAGAGCAGGCAUCGCGGCGGAGGGCGGGAGUGUCGCCUGGCCGUGCUCUGGCAACUGGAGAGCAGGCAUCGCGGCGGAGGGCGGGAGUGUCGCCUGGCCGUGCUCUGGCAACUGGAGAGCAGGCAUCGCGGCGGAGGGCGGGAGUGUCGCCUGGCCGUGCUCUGGCAACUGGAGAGCAGGCAUCGCGGCGGAGGGCGGGAGUGUCGCCUGGCCGUGCUCUGGCAACUGGAGAGCAGGCAUCGCGGCAGAGGGCGGGAGUGUCGCCUGGCCGUGCUCUGGCAACUGGAGAGCAGGCAUCGCGGCGGAGGGCGGGAGUGUCGCCUGGCCGUGCUCUGGCAACUGGAGAGCAGGCAUCGCGGCGGAGGGCGGGAGUGUCGCCUGGCCGUGCUCUGGCAACUGGAGAGCAGGCAUCGCGGCGGAGGGCGGGAGUGUCGCCUGGCCGUGCUCUGGCAACUGGAGAGCAGGCAUCGCGGCGGAGGGCGGGAGUGUCGCCUGGCCGUGCUCUGGCAACUGGAGAGCAGGCAUCGCGGCGGAGGGCGGGAGUGUCGCCUGGCCGUGCUCUGGCAACUGGAGAGCAGGCAUCGCGGCGGAGGGCGGGAGUGUCGCCUGGCCGUGCUCUGGCAACUGGAGAGCAGGCAUCGCGGCGGAGGGCGGGAGUGUCGCCUGGCCGUGCUCUGGCAACUGGAGAGCAGGCAUCGCGGCAGAGGGCGGGAGUGUCGCCUGGCCGUGCUCUGGCAACUGGAGAGCAGGCAUCGCGGCGGAGGGCGGGAGUGUCGCCUGGCCGUGCUCUGGCAACUGGAGAGCAGGCAUCGCGGCGGAGGGCGGGAGUGUCGCCUGGCCGUGCUCUGGCAACUGGAGAGCAGGCAUCGCGGCGGAGGGCGGGAGUGUCGCCUGGCCGUGCUCUGGCAACUGGAGAGCAGGCAUCGCUGCGGAGGGCGGGAUUGUCGCCUGGCCGUGCUCUGGCAACUGGAGAGCAGGCAUAGCGGCGGAGGGCGGGAGUGUCGCCUGGCCGUGCUCUGGCAACUGGAGAGCAGGCAUCGCGGAAGAGGGCGGGAGUGUCGCCUGGCCGUGCUCUGGCAACUGGAGAGCAGGCAUCGCGGCGGAGGGCGGGAGUGUCGCCUGGCCGUUCUCUGGCAACUGGAGAGCAGGCAUCGCGGCGGAGGGCGGGAGUGUCGCCUGGCCGUGCUCUGGCAACUGGAGAGCAGGCAUCGCGGCGGAGGGCGGGUUGUCGUGA